AUGGCGGGCUUCAACCUCAGGGCGCUAUAUGCGCUUUUCGCCUCACUUUCACUUCUCUACGUACUAUGUGCCGCCGACGCAGUAAAUGAUCUCCAGACCAAAGGCCGCGCAGCCAUCGACGCAGCCAUCGCCAAAUCAACAACAUGUACCAAGGACAAACUCCGCGUACGCCGAGAAUGGGGCGACAUCACCGCCUCGGAAAAACGCGCCUACAUCGCCGCCGUCCAAUGCAUAACCAAAGCGCCGUCUAAACUCUCACCCACUCAAUACCCCGGCGCCAAAACGCGCUUCGACGACUUCGUAGCCAUCCACAUGAAGAACACGCUGUCCAUCCACGGCACCGGAAACUUUUUGUCCUGGCACAGAUACUACACGUUUGCGUAUGAGAACGCGUUGAGAGUUGAAUGCGGAUACAAUGGUACACAGCCGUACUGGGACUGGGGACGUUGGGCAGCUAGUCCAGAGACGAGUCCGAUUUUCGACGGGAGUGAGACGAGUAUGAGCGGCCAAGGGGAGAAGGUUCAACACAGUAGUAAUGGGUUGAAGCCGGCUGGGAAUGGCGGUGGAUGUAUUGCUAGUGGGCCGUUCAAGGGCAUGAUGGUUAAUCUUGGUCCAAUGGCAGCCAUCGAUAGUCCGCAGGCUCCGCGGAACCCAAGAUCGGAUGGCUAUGGAUAUAAUCCUCGUUGCAUCAAGCGCGACAUCAGCAAUUACCUUACCCAGUUAUACGCAACAACAGAUAAGAUUGUUGCUUUGAUCAACAACAGCAAGACAAUAGGCACGUUCCAGGAUACCAUGCAAGCCUCAAAUGGCCCACAUGGCGCAGGACACUUUACUGUGGCUGGCGACCCGGGGAGUGACUUCUACACAUCACCUGGCGACCCAUACUUCUACCUUCACCACUCCAUGGUAGACCGUGCAUGGUCUAUUUGGCAGAGCCAGGACUUUGCAAACAGGCAACAGGUCAUCGCGGGUGGUACGUCGAUGAUGGGUGGUGGGAGGGCGCAGAGUUUGGAGGACAGUGUAGACUUGGAAGUGCUGAAUGUGGAUGGUAAGGUGUAUAAGAUCAAGGACUUGGUUAGUACGGUUGCGGGGCCGUUUUGCUAUGUUUACGAGUAG